AUGCUGGAACGCGGCCAGUCUUUCCAGCCUUAUCUUCGUCGUAACCUUCUGUAUCGGAUGGCAUUUGCCGACAGAGCUGUCCCCUCUUUCACUUUUGGUGAAGAUGAACCACCUCUGGUGUGGCCUUGGACGCCUAGACGAUCUCCAAUUCAGAGAACACCACGAGAGAGAAAAGAACGACUGUGUAGUCUAAUCGAAGCUCUGUUAUCCAGAAAUGCUAUUGAAGACAACAUCCGUCAGUGCGAAGAUAUCCGAAAUUUUCAUUUCUCGAUCGGUACCUUAGCCGUGUUCAAAAAGACAGGGGAUAGACAUGUUCUUUAUCGUAGCCUGGCCUAUAGAAGAUUUCUCAAGGCUCGUGGAAAGUCGUUUCCGUACUCCGCACGAAAAUACGCCGAUAAUUCGGAUCAUGUUGGCCGCAUAGAGUAUCCAGCUCGUACAGCUUACAUUUCUGAUGACGCCGCAACACUGUCCUUCAGAAUGGUUUGUCAUCAUCUUUUGGAAGGUGAACGGUUAGCUAAAGUGCAGGUCUACACUGUGCGUCAAAGAGGAGACGUUUUCGAACCAGCAGAAAGACUUCCGUCGGCUACAUUCACUGUUCCUGUAAAUGUGCCAAUGUCGCCAGUCUCUAUCGAUGUACCCACGAUUCCGAAUGAUACACAACUUCGAGUAUAUGUUGUGGUUCGAGUUGACAUCACCAAUAAUUUGAAAGGCAUUCGCAUUGAUGGCCAUGCUCUUCGGCAUCUACCUAGUCGGAUCGUACGUUCUGAUAAAACCAGUCGAGACCACAGCGUCAUAUUUGAGCAUACCCUCCUGGGGACGAAGACUCUCUACAAGGAUGAAGCAACAUGGAAUGGUUGUGGAGGUUUAAUAGUAGGAGAGAAUAACGUCACACUAAUUGAGCAGGAAAAGCUGAGCAACGAUGUUUCCUCACCGAUGAUUGUGUCCGAGCUAGAAUACUGGAGCAAGCGUCUUCACACUAAUCCAUUCCUGCAAAUGCGAGUUGUUAGCGGUCCCGUAUAUGAAGACGAUUCCGACUGCAGCCUUUCCGAGCGAAGCUCAAGGUCCACGGAUGGCGUUGAGGGAGACGACGAACUGUCGGCUUCUUCUGAAGUGGAUGAUGUAGCGCCGCAACGGAUCGAGCUCAAACGUACUAUUGACCCUUAUCUUGGCGCUUUUCGUCCUGGUGAAGAUGGAAGAUAUAUUAAUCACGUUCAGACUAUUGAAGCAAUGUUCCGCCCGUUGAAAAGUAUGGGAAGAACGAGCCUAGUGAUCGUGCAGAAUUGGCUACGAUUGGAAAUCCCUCCCUUGAUAACAUAUCGUAUCUCAUCGGGUAUGGUGCCUCGUGAUGAUGACAUUGAGUCAACUGCGGUCUUCAAAGUAUCGCCUUCGUCGAGGGUGUCGAACUACGCGAGUUUAACAGAAGUUCAGAAAAUGGGUUGGUUAACGGUGGUGGAUCAGUAUCAAACCGAAAAAUGUAUAAUUUGCGGAAGAUCGUUUCACAACAUGUAUGCUCUCAUGCUGCAUUAUCAUCUAUCUUAUCCUCGCCUCACGUUCCAGUUCAACUUCCGUGUAGAUCCUCGGCACGAAAACUGGCACCGACUCCAUAUUGAUGUGUUUCUAAACCCGAACUUCGAUGAUGUGCAUGAAGUCUUUACCAAUGGACGAGGCAGUUGGAUUCGUGUAGGCGAUCCAGUGUACAUGUGGACUCGGGAUCAAGCGAUAGAGCUGAGGUCGAAGCUACGUAUGGAUCUUACCAUAUUUUGCGAUUCUCUCAAGUCCGCAGGUCACGCGCUGGAUGAUCCUGUCGAGGAACGUCGCUUCAUUCACCCCGAAUCAGGGCGAUGGCUUUAUCGAGGCGAGCGGCUACCUCGUUAUGCGCGUCACUUACCUGCACCGGGACAUGAAGUGUUAAUUCACAACACGACUAGGCGCCUGCUGGAUUUCGUCGACCUUUCCGAUGGCAGCAAGUGGUUCAUGAUUACAUGGAAUACUAUGCUGAUCACUAUGGGCAAAGCACGAGGCUAUUCUUGGAGCUUCAUAUGGAUACCAUGGUUCGUUACAGGCAACGAAGCCACUUCAUUUAUCAGCUUGAAUACACAAACUCAGAGAGGCCGUCCAAUUACCGACCUAGAAGAUCUUGUACUCAGGUUGUAUCAUGCUAGACAUGACUACGACCCUUUGCUGGACGAUCUUCACCCUCUGAGGGAUUGGAUAUAUACUGACCUAAAGCGAGGAUAUGAGCGAUAUCGCUGCGAUCUGGAUAAACCACACAAGGAUUCCUCUGGUAUGCGUAGAUCUUUCCCCAAGAUGUAUCGCACUGAUCCAGGCACGAUAUCCAGUGAACAGCUACACAGGCUAUUCAUCGAAGUUCUUGAGGCUGGUGUAGUGGUGCCGUUCAAUCAUCCAUUCAGGAAAUACCUACUUAAUGUUGUGGAUGUCUUGUUUGAAGGACAAAUGCCUGCAUGCAUUACCCGUCUUCGUGAUCAGGACGAGUUUUUGAGCUGCCUGAUUCGAUAG